AUGAAAAUCAAGCUGUUCAAGGAACAAACUUGCCCACCAGAUCUAUCUAAAGUGGGAGAAAACAUCGCGAGAAAGUGUCAAGGACUACCUCUCCUUGUGAUUUUGGUAGCUGGAGUUUUGUCUGGGAUAAGCCAAAAUGAGGAAAGUUGGAGAAAAAUUGCAGAGAGUAUAAAUUUAGAUUCCGUCACAAGUGCAAAAGAGUGCUUGGACGUAAUCGAAUUGAGCUACAAGCACUUGCCGGAUAGCCUCAAGCCCUGCCUUCUUUAUUUUGCUUCAUUUCGGGAGGAUGAAGAAAUUUCAUUCUCAAAGUUAGCGUGGUUGUGGACUAUCGAGGGAUUUGUUCCAACCACGGAGGCAAAGAGUGUAGAGCUUGUAGCCGAAAGUUUACUGAAUGAUCUGAUCGGUAGAAGCUUGAUUAUGGUGAGCAAGAAAAGGUCCGUCGGAGGAGUCAGAACAUGUCACAUUCAUGAUAUGUUGCAUGAUUUUUGUGUGACAAAAGCUAAGGAAGAGAAGUUUAUGCAGCUAACGACCAAUGGGAAGGUAGAUUUUUCGAGCUCCUUUUAUGAGAACCGGAAGCUUUGCAUUCAUCAUAGCCUUUAUUGGGCAGGGAGGAUAGGAAACCUGCAAGCUCGGUCUGCAUUCUUCAGACCCCCGAAAUCUGGCUGCCAGGAAUUUUUUGAUCUCGAGAACUUUAAACUUCUAAGAGUUCUACAAAUGGAAUGUCCUGUGUCGGACCGUUCAUUACAGAGAUCAAAAGAGUUGAUCCAUCUGAAGUACUUAGGAAUCAAAGGCUAUCUGGAAUUUAUGCCAUCAUGGAUAUCGAACCUUUCAAACCUCGAGGUAUUGCUUGUAAUAACAGUAGGAAGUGGCACAACACUUCCGAUUGCCAUCUGGGAUAUGCCAAGGUUAAAGCAUGUCCAUGUAGUACCUGUUGCAUCUUUUGAUGGACGCAUUCCUCGCAAAUCAACAAACAUAUGUUGCAUAGAGACCUUGGCCACAGUGUCUCUCACUAACAAGCUAGCAGACUACAUCAUAAAGAAGGCAAACAGACUGCGAAAGCUCAAGUGCCAUUGUAAAGAGCCUCUCAAACUCAGAUUAGAUGCUCUUCAACUUGAAACACUCGGUGUGAACGGUAAGAUCUUGAAAUUCAGCUUGCCAGAGACAUUAACAAAGCUAACUCUAUCAGAUGUUUUGUUGCCACAAAGUGACAUGUCUAAAAUCGGGAGAUUACCGAAUUUAGUGGUUCUCAAGUUGGAACAUAGAGCAUUUCAGCAGGGAAAAUGGGACGUUGAAGAUGAAGAGUUUCCAACCCUCAAGGUUCUUAAAUUGAGAUCCCUCAAAAUUACAACAUGGAAUGCCUCGAGCGAGUCCUUGCCCAACCUCGAACUGCUU